UCUCAAACACAUACAUUACCAUUCUAAACAUACAACAAUGUCUUUCUUUCCUUCUCAUGCAUACCCUUAUCCUUACUUCUCACCACCUCCACCAUCUUUUAUUCCUGCUCCUCCUGCUCCUCACCGGACUUCUCCACCACCUCCUCCACAUUCACCACCACUGCCUUCUCCUCCUCGACGAUCUCCACCACCUCCACAUUCACCACCACCGCCUUUUCCUCCUCGACGAUCUCCACCACCCCCACAUUCACCACCACCACCACCUCCUCAUAUCACACCACCACUUCCUCCGGUACCACCACCGCCGGCACCACACCACCACACGGUCAUAAUCAUUGUCUUUGUCUCACUGAGCGGACUUUUCUUACUUGCAUUCCUUGCAGCCUGUUGCUUCAUUAAAAAGAAGAAGAAGUCAACUCAAAAGGCAGAAGUUAUUAACGUUGAAGACCAUGUUCAUGUCCAUGAAACCAUUGUUCCUGGUCCUCAUGGCCAGAAAAUAGUAAUUCUUGAUGUGGAUGAAGACAUUAAGGUGCAGGAAGAUAUCAAGAAGAACGAGCUCGUCGGAGAAGCUUCACGUACUGCCAAUGCCAGCCCGGUGGUUGUCAAUGAGCAGCAGCCUCAUUCACAGAGUGAAUCAAAGACUCACCACCUUCUUCAGCACAAAGGCUAGCUGGAAGUUUACGUGCUUUCUGCAUGGAUUUGCAUGCAUGCAAUACUAGCAUGCAUAAAUUCUCAAUAAUGUCCGUUUUGGAAAAUAUGUAAUUUAUAACUGUGUGAUUCAAGAAUAAA